AUGAGCACAGUGCUCCUUAAUGAUGCACCCCAGCCAGCAAUGUCUCCUGCGAGCAUGCAGACAUCCAGGCCCUUGCCGCCCCACUCAGACUCUAUUACCUCUAAACGGGUGUGCUUUUACAAGAGCGGGGACCCUCAGUUCACCGGACACCGAAUGGUCAUCAACAGCCGCACGUUUAAAACCUUUGAUGCCCUUCUAGAUGCCCUCUCCAAGAAAGUGCCUCUGUCAUUUGGGGUAAGAACCAUCACGACUCCCAAAGGAACACAUGCUGUCCACAACCUCAAUGAGCUGCAGGAUGGGGCCUCUUAUCUGUGCUCAGACCAUAAGAAAGUCAAGCCUUUUAACCUGGACAGGAUCCAUAAAACACAGGUCCCUUGGAACACCACCCGGCCCAUUAGUGCAGGACGUCAAGCACGCAGAGCACGGGUCCGGCAGUUAGUGAAGAGAAGCGAUGGGACCACAAGGACUGUAAAGAUGCCUGAAAACAGCGCAGUAGGCCGGACACCAAAAAGGCUGACGGUUUAUAAAAACAAUAGUCCAAGCAUAAAACGCAUUAUUGUUCUUCAGAGGAGAACGGCUCCAAAUUUCGAAGCCCUUUUGGAUUAUCUUUCAAAAGUGAUGCAGUUUCCUGUUCUGAAGCUUUACACUGAAGAUGGUAGAAAAGUUGAUGGACUUCCCACCCUCAUUUUGUGCUCUGGGAUUGUUGUGGCAGCUGGUAAUGAACCCUUUAGAAAGGGAAACUACAAUCUCCAAGGUCCCACAAAAACAUUACAGUCAAACAUAUCUGAGCCCCUGGGUCAAACACAAAGAGAGACACUUUUAGAAAAAAAUAAGCCAGCGGGACCUAUUACAAGAUCAAGGAAUUUCUCUUUAUCCUCAGAGCGGUACCUUGUGGAGCAGAUCAAUGAGUCACUAAACAGAAGUCUGUCAGAGCACGAUUGGGAAAAGUCAGAAUCAAUGGAGACUGAAGGCAGUGAGCCAAUAGGAUCAGAAGACAACUGUGACUGUAGGGCUGGUGUCGAGCAGCGAAGUCACCCCAUCAUGCCUACUGAGGACGACAUUGAAAAAUCAUUCAGAGUCAAUGAGGAUGGCAGUAUGACAGUGGAGAUGAAGGUUCAUCUUACUAUAAAACAAGAAGAACUGGUCCACUGGACAACAACGCUAAGUCGCGCUUCAAUCAAUAGCCAGCAGAGGGCAGUGGUCACUGCUAAGCAGAGAUCAGGCGUGAACUCAUUAGAUGUCAACAGUGACUCCGUCAAGGAGUCAAAUGGACCUCACAGUCUAAAAUGUAAGGAAAUGAACACACUCACAAACAAAUCAAUUCGAUUAAUUGAGAAGAAACGAGAAAGUAGCAACGCUGUAUGUCAGACUUCUGAAAAGCUUAAGCCCAUUUACAAAAGGCUGCCUACUCCAGGUCACAGACGACAGAGAAAAAAAACAUCAAUAUCAGAGACCGAAGUCCAGGAGAGUGCAGUGGGUGCGUAUUCGUACAUGGAGCGCACGUCGCAUGGGGAACUGACCAAACGUUACUGUAUGGUCAGUCGCAGCAGUAGCAGCAGCACGAGGACUUUAUCAAAACCCUGUAAGAGUGAGUCUAGAGAGAUCAAGAAGAAGUCAGAGAUUCUUCAGCUGCAAAACGACGGGACAACGGGAAUAACAGAGACAGUGCUGCAUGUAUACGAAUCACAGGGCACCCGUGACAAUUAUGAUGCAAAUACAAAUGUGGAAAAUAAACCAAAAUACUGUAGCAAAGCUUUGCCUCGCAGCAGGGGAGGCUCGACAGACUCGGGACCCCUGUCGUCGUGUAAUGACUGCGAUGUGGAUCUCACUAGGCAGUCCACAAGCUCCGACUCUGGAGGCGGUGGAAAAAAUGACAUGCUGUCAUUGUCAUCUGCUUCUUCAACACCUCUGAAAAUGAGAUGCAAUGAUUCCCACAUCCUUAUUGACAAUGAACAGCGGGCUUUAGGAGAGAACAGGUCUAAAUCAACAGAAAAGAAAAUGUUGUCACAUGUUACAGUGGAAGAGGACUCUGAUGAUAAGUGGAUUAAUGGUUUUAAAACAACAAAUAUUCCAAAGUCAAAACAAUCCAAACAAAGUACUUCUUCGGAAUCAUCUGGACUUGGGAAAAGAAAAAAGGCCAGUAUUGCAGGCUCUUCAAAAGGGCUUCAAAUGAAAAAUACUGACACACCGAGCCACACAGGAUCAGAGAAAAACACUCAUAGUUCGGCAAAAAGUGGAAGAGCUAAAACCACAAAAACUUUCGAAGGUUCCCUGAAAAGUAGUAACUUGAAUCUCAACAGAAAGUCAGAAAAAGAACUGAGGAUGAAAGACAAAACAAUCAAAGUACAAGCCUCCCUAAAGCCCACUUUAAAGACAAAUUUCUUAGACAACAGAUCACAUCCAACAUCCAAGAGAAAGACGCUGCCAAAGCAGAGGUCAAUGAAUGGCGACAAAUCAAAAAACACCCAACAAAAUCAAAAGCUGAGUGAGAGUUUGUCAUUGCCCGUGCUGCAGUCAUCUCCCUCGAAUGUGAAUCAAUAUGUUGAAAAUUGGCUGCAAAAACUUCAGCCCAACUCGCCUUAUGAUGAUGACACAGACCAUCUUGAGAGCGCACCGAGAGUGGUAUUCCAGAUAGCCGGCGGAUCUGCAGAUGGCCCUGAGAUUAAAAGUGAACCUGAAAAAGAUAGUGUAGUGGAUGAAGGGCCCUCACUUGAGGAUAAUGCCGUUGAGUGGCCAGUUGCUCGCCUGCCUGUACAAAUAACAUGUGAGGGAGAGCCACUCGAGGCACAAAGUGUAAGAGGCUUUUGUAAAUCGAUGCCAAGCGUGAGGUUGCUUCCUGCCGAACAGGACGAAGUUGUGAGAAUGCACAAGUCGUCUGAGAAUUUAGCUCCCCCUGAUUGUUGUAAUGGGGGUGGGACUUCGCAAAUCACAGAUGUUGGCAUGAAACCAAUUUUGAAACAGUUAUGUUUGUCAAUUCAAUCCAUCAGACGGGCUUCGAGUCAGAAUCACUUAGAACCCACAGUGCAGGAAAAGUCCAGCAGCCUUCCGGAUUUCUCAUCUCAGGUGGCCUCUGCUUUUGGAUCUCCAUCAAGAGCUUUUUUGUCAUUUUUGUCUUUGAUGACUCUGAGAGAUGGCACGUCCAUCCUUGGCAAUAGUGAAUCACUUGCCAAGCCAGAGGCCCUGCACAUAAUGCAGUCUUUGGAAAAAAUAUCCAAUAUUAAAGAUGAGGAUGAGCUUAAGGCCAGCUUGACAAGUCUUCAAAGUUCAACCUCCUCGCAUUUAAAACAGAGCUGGAGAGAUUUCCGAGAGAGAAAUGUGUUUGGAGAGAGUCCACCACUGUCGCCGAGACAGUCAGAGCAAGAGUUUGCAUUAGAUAUGGACUUGGGGGAAGAGGAGUGUGAACGGGAUGAAGAGCAUGGUUAUGGGAUAGAGCAGUUAAUGGAUGAACUGAACGUGACUGGGGAUCUUCGCCGAGAGAUUUCCUCUCUUGUUGAAGGAGAACUGAAAAGUGAAACAAAUUCGAACAAUGGACAUUUUGAUAAUGCCAGUGAAAUCACAGGUAAAGUAGAUGAACAUGAUGAUGGCUCAGUGAAUGGUAUUUUAGAGAAAGCAGCUGAUAUGGAAGAAGAAAACAACUAUGGUGAAAAUAUUGACUUAUUGUCCAAAGAUGAGAUUAAUUAUGAUCCAAAAGAACAAAAAACUGACUUAGAAACUGUAAAGCAGGACUUGGGUAAUGACGAUUCUGGUAUAGCAGUGCUUUAUCAAACACUCGAGGAAAACUGCAGUGAUUCAAGUAAAGCUGAGGUUUCAGAAACUGCUCAUAACAAUCAAAUGAACACUGAGACUACAAUAGGAAAUGACCCUGACAAAAGCAAUGUAGAACACAACCCUUUCCCAACUUCGCAUCAUACUCUAACAGAUAAAGCUGGGGAAGACCUUUCUGAGUUAUCUGAUGACCAAAACAAUAUGAACGACAGAGAGCAGAUUAUAACAGCAGAUAAUGUAAAGGAUGGAGACACCAGUGAACAGGAGGAACCCAUAUUUCAGAAUAUGAGAGAACAUACUGAACAUUCAGAUUCUUCAGACAAUACAGAUGCCACAUCAGAACAAAAAGUAACAGAUUUUUCAGAUGUUUUAAGAAACGAAGAACAAAAUGAGGACAAUGAAUCUGAUCAGUUCAGUACAGCUAAAAUACAAGACCAAGACUGUGUCAGAGAUGAAACGGAUACUUCUGAUAGUGGCGAUGAAGAAGAUAGUAGCAAUGAAGAAGUUAGUGGUGAUGAAGAAAAUAGUGCCGAUGAAGCAGAGGGGCAUGAACAAGAAAAUAAGUUUGUUUUAACCGAAUGUGAGAUUGAGUCUAAAGAGUCUUUAACACAUCAUUGUGAUGCACCGAGUAACCACAAAGUGCAUGUAUUUGACUCAGAAAGCCAAGAAGAUGAUGAGGUGUUGUAUGGAGAUGUUGAAGAUGUGAUGACAGAUCAGCAGGAAGAUUCUGUGCCAGAAAUGUCGGAACAUGAGGAUCCUGACUAUAAUAACACUAGCCCAGAGCAUUGUAGUAAUGAUGAGAAUAGUAUGACUUCUGAAUCAAGAUUUAAAACUGAAUAUGAUAAAACACAACAAAUCGAUAAGAGUUGUGUAGACGAGAAGGACAGUGAUGAGGCAAAUCAUCAGUUCUCUGAAGAUUGUGAAUUGGUAGACGUACAUGCUGAACCAGGUAUCUCAGAUCCUGAAAAUGUAACAGCCAAAACAUCAAGGUCAAGCACAGGUGAGGUCCAAAUGUUAGAAGAAACCAAAAAGAGUAAGCAUAGUCCUCAAAAUGAUGAGUAUGCUAUUGUACAACACUCGUAUGGCUUUGUGGAAACGGAGUCAUGCAGUAGUAUAAAACCAAAUUCAAGUGAUCCUCACUUAGAGCAGGAUAAAAAUGUGGGCAUGGUUCAUUAUUUGUUACACCCAAUCUCACAAGAGUUGUUGGACGUAAUCAAUUCAGCUUUGUUAUCAUCUACCCUUACUGUAACACACGAUUCAAAUGGUAAUCUCAAAAUAGAGCCAGGGAAAUGUACAAUGAGGGAGAUGUUCAGGGCUCAACAUGGUCAGAAACGCCUCCCAAGCCCUCAUACAUCCGAUCUGUCUGACUACAGACCUGAGACAUCAGACAAUGAUGGAUACCAGUCACAGGCCUCUAUGGAGAUUUUAAGCGAGAGCGAAGAAGAAGAGGAAAAAAGGUUACGUAUCUUCAGAGAAAUCUUAAAACAAACCAUGGAGAACCCGUGCGGUAAAACCUCCAUGAUGUCAUCUAGAAGUUCAACAACGAAACAAUCUCCCAGUUCGAAUGGCAAUAACAGUCCAUCCUCUUUUCAAGACUCUAAAAGUGUUUUACAGGAGCCACCAUGCUACAGCAAACCAAGUUCACUCAAUGGUAACUCAAAUUUACAGUGUGUGACCUUAAAUGGAGAGGUGGACUCUGAAGAGGGAGUGUUGAUAGAUAAAGGCAGGUGGCUCUUGAAGGAAAAUCAUCUCAUACGUAAAUCUCCUCCAGUGUCCGUGGGAAUGUAUGGAACUGGGGACACCACCUCACCCGACACAUGUCAGGACAACAUCAGUGAAGGUGCACCCUACCCGUAUUAUGACAACCCAAACUCACCUCUAGCUGUGAUAUCCUCCUCUGAGCUAGAAGAUCUGGCUAGACCUUCUACACCAAAGUGUACAUACUUCAAUAUGCCACACAGCAGUGGCUCUGAUCCUCUCUUAGACGCCCAGAGCAUAAAUGGCAGUAGAGGGAAUACAAGAAGACACAAGGAGCUUAAGGUAUCACCCAUGGGAGAGCCGUCCAAAAUGUCGGCGAAAAAAAAUGGAAGUCUCUCGUCAUUCGCCUCUGUUGAGUUCAAACUGCCUGAUGGCAAAGUUCAUCCACUGGAUGGGGCAAUAUCUGGUGCUGUGAAUACUAACAGGUCUCAAAGUUUAGACGGUAGAACAAUUGAAGAAGAGUCAAGGGUGGGGUUAAAUCUCAGGUGUGGGCAACACUGCCCAAUAUUGUAGUUAUAAAAGAGAAAAUGUAGCAGCUAAACAAUAGGAGAUAUUGUGAAAAAUAGUCAAAUGAUGUACACCAGGUGUUACUGGGGCUGUACCCUUUUAAAAAGUACACCUUUGCACCUAAAGAGUUCAUAUUUGUACCUCAGAGGUGCACACUGGUACUAAAUGUAUACAUAUCUGUACCUAAUUGUA